AUAUUGAUUUUGCCACCCGCAAGAUCGCAAUACAUCUGAUUCAGACAAAGAUCAUUGAUCAAGAUGGUAAUAACUUCAAGACGCAAACCAAUAGCACAUUCCGCAACUAUCACGUGGAUUUCACUGUUGGAGUGGAGUUUGAUGAGUACACAAAGGGUCUGGACAACCGGCAUAUGAAGACUCUGGUCAUCUGGGAAGGCGAUGUACUCGUGGGCGUGCAAAAGGGGGAGAAGGAGAACCGAGGCUGGAGGCAGUGGGUUGAGGGGGACAAGCUGUAUGUGGUGCUGACCUGUGGAGACCAGGUGUGCCGUCAAGUGUUCAAAAAGAAGUGA